AUGGCUCAACAACAAUCUUCUCGUCUCAAUCGGCUACUCACUUUAUUAGACACUGGUUCGACACAAGCAACAAGAUUGACUGCUGCGAAGCAGAUUGGGGAGAUUGCGAAAUCGCAUCCUCAAGACUUGCAUUCUCUUCUGAAGAAGGUUUCUCAGUAUCUCCAUAGUAAAAACUGGGAUACAAGAGUCGCAGCUGCUCAUGCGAUUGGGGCUAUUUCUCAGAAUGUCAAGCACACUUCUUUGACUGAAUUAUUUGCUUCUGUCCAAACAAAGAUGUCUGAGAUUGGGGUUUCAGGUCUUGUCGAAGAUUUGGUGGCGUGCCCUAAUUUUCAUUCUCAAAUAAUAGCAAACGGUUCAUUUAGAAGCUUUGAUAUGAACAAGGUGUUGGAGUUUGGUGCUUUGCUGGCGUCUGGAGGUCAGGAAUAUGACAUUGCAAAUGAGAAUUCUAAGAAUCCACAGGAGCGAUUGGCUCGUCAGAAACAAAACCUGCGACGCCGUUUGGGUUUAGAUGUCUGUGAGCAGUUUAUGGAUGUCAAUGAUGUGAUUAAAGAUGAAGACCUUGUUGUCCACAAAUCACAGUCUCAAGGAAAUGGUUUAGAUCAUAGAUUUUACAAACACCCGUCAGUACAUAACAUCCAGCAACUUGUUGCAAGUAUGGUGCCGAGUGUCAUAUCCAAAAGACCAAGUGCAAGGGAGCUGAAUCUCUUAAAGCGAAAAGCAAAAAUAAACUCUAAAGACCAAGCGAAAAGUUGGUCAGAGGAUGGGGAUACAGAGGUGGCCUGUGCACAGAGUACAACUCCAAAGGGUUCAAAUGCAGACUCGUUGAGCUUUAAAAAGGCAGAUGCUGAUGAAGAAGACAACUUGGAGCACAGUGGAGAUGGGAGGUGGCCUUUCUAUGGUUUCGUUGAACAACUUAUUGUUGAUAUGUUUGACCCUGUUUGGGAGGUUCGCCAUGGCAGUGUCAUGGCUUUGAGAGAAAUCUUAACUCAUCAUGGUGGUUCUGCUGGAUUGGUUGUGCCUGACUUGAGCUUGGAUGGUGCUCUUGAUGAUCUCAGAGAGAUAGAUUAUUCAAAUGCCAUUAAAAGGGAGAGAGAAAUUGAUUUGAAUUUGCAAGUUUCAGCAGAUGACUCAGAGCCAAAUCCAAAAAGACAGAAAUCUGAAGAUGUGUCAUCUCAAACUAUGGAUAUGAUGGUCUCUACUAGCAAUCUUGGUAGUAGUGACAUUAGUGUAAAGGUUGAGGAUAGUGGAUGGAAUUUGUCUGAUGGGCAGGUUAAUGGCCAAGUUGAUGUUAUUAGUUCUGUUAAGAUGGAGCCCGAAUCUUACCCCAACGUUGCAUCUUAUCCAGCUGAAAGGACUGUUGGCAUGGUAGAGUCAAAGGGUUACCCUCAACAUCAGGGUCAUUUUCUGAAGUCAAAUAUGCAGAACAGUUUUCCUGAAAAUCACGAGCUGAUGAACUUGGUUAAAUUGGCCAGGCAUUCUUCUAUAAAAAAUAACGAAUUUCUUGAAGAUUGUGCAAUUCGUUUCUUAUGCAUAUUAUCACUAGAUCGUUUUGGAGACUAUGUAUCUGACCAGGUUGUUGCUCCAGUACGGGAAACUUGUGCGCAAGCAUUAGGUGCUGCAUUUAAGUAUAUGCAUCGCACUUUAGUUUAUGAAACAUUGAAUAUUCUGCUUCAAAUGCAGCGUAGACCAGAAUGGGAAAUUCGUCAUGGAAGCCUUUUGGGCAUCAAGUAUUUGGUUGCUGUUCGACAGGCUCAAUCAAGACUUCAACAACCUUGUCUUGAGUGUGACAUUCAGGAGAUGCUGCCUGAUUUGCUUGGCUAUGUUCUACCUGCUUGUAAAGCUGGACUGGAGGACCCUGACGAUGAUGUCAGGGCAGUUGCUGCAGAUGCUCUAAUACCUACUGCUGCUGCUAUUGUUUCUAUGAAGGGUCGGACAUUGCAUUCCAUUAUUAUGCUACUUUGGGAUAUCUUGCUUGAUUUGGAUGAUCUAAGUCCUUCCACUAGCAGUGUGAUGAAUCUCUUGGCAGAAAUCUAUUCCCAGGAAGAGAUGAUUCCCAAGAUGGCAUCAAAAGAGAAACAAGAGUUGGAUUUAAAUGAAGUGGUACAUGUUGAUGAUGUUGGAGAAGGACGAGACUCACAAGAAAAUCCAUACAUGUUAUCGACAUUGGCACCACGGUUAUGGCCAUUUAUGAGGCAUAGUAUCACAUCCGUCCGACAUUCAGCAAUUCGAACUUUGGAGCGAUUGCUUGAAGCUGGUUAUAAGAGGAACAUUUCUGAGCCAUCCAGUACGUCAUUUUGGCCCUCUUUUAUCUUGGGAGAUACCUUGAGGAUUGUUUUUCAGAAUCUGCUGCUGGAAUCAAAUGAGGAAAUUUUGCAGUGUUCAGAGAGGGUUUGGAGGCUUCUUGUCCAGUGCCCAGCAGAGGACUUGGAAGCUGCUGCAAGUUCAUACAUGGCUUCUUGGAUAGAACUUACAACUACUCCUUACGGCUCGCCAUUAGAUUCUACGAAGAUGUUUUGGCCUGUGGCUCCACCUCGAACGUCUCAUUUUAAAGCAGCUGCAAAAAUGAGAGCUGUAAGGCUUGAAAAUGAGUCUUGCAGUAACAUUGGCUUAGAUUAUGUGAAAGAAACUAUUCCACAGGAAAGAAAUGGGGAUGCUUCUGCUAGCACGGUAAAGAUAAUUGUAGGUGCUGAUGUUGAAAUGUCAGUAACUAAUACUCGAGUGAUUACGGCAUCAGCUUUGGGAAUAUUUGCUUCUAAGUUGCGUGGGAGUUCUAUGCAGCACGUGAUAGAUCCGCUGUGGAAUGCUCUCACCUCUUUAUCAGGGGUUCAGCGGCAGGUGGCAUCAAUGGUUCUUAUAUCAUUGUUCAAAGAGAUUAAAAGCAAGGAAUCCUCUGAAACCCAUGUGGUUAUGCCUGCUUUUCCCAAUUAUGUCGAGAAGUUGCUGUUCGAUUUGUUAUCUUGUUCUGACCCUGCACUUCCAACAAAAGAUUCAGUUCUUCCAUAUUCUGAGCUCUCAAGGACAUAUACAAAGAUGCGGAAUGAGGCCAGCCAGUUAUUACGUGCCACUGAGUCAUCUGUCAUGUUCGAGAACACAUUGCCAACUAUUAAAAUAGAUGUGGAAAAAUUGACUCCUGAUGAGGCAAUCAAUUUUGCAUCAAAAUUACCAUUAUCAUGCAAUGACGGUGCUGGCGAUGAAUCUCCUGGACACAACAUUGUUGAUGAUAUUGAUUCAUUAAAACAACGACUUCUGACAACUUCAGGCUAUUUAAAAUGUGUUCAGAGUAAUUUGCAUGUUACUGUCUCGGCAUUAGUUGCUGCUGCAGUUGUCUGGAUGUCAGAGCUUCCUGCACGGCUGAAUCCGAUGAUUUUGCCUCUGAUGGCCUCAAUCAAAAGAGAGCAGGAGGAGAUAUUGCAACAGAAGGCUGCUGAAGCACUUGCAGAGCUAAUUUCUCGUUGUAUUGCACGUAAGCCUGGCCCAAAUGAUAAAUUGAUCAAGAAUAUUUGUAGUUUGACAUGCAUGGAUCCUUGUGAGACGCCCCAGGCUGGAGUCAUUGGGUCCACGGAGAUUGUUGAUGAUCAAGAUUUCCUUUCCUUUGGGAUUAGUACAGGGAAACAAAAGUCAAAGGUUCACAUGCUAGCUGGUGGUGAAGACCGGUCAAGAGUUGAGGGCUUUAUUAGCAGACGAGGUUCUGAACAUGCUUUGAAACAUUUAUGUGAGAAGUUUGGUGCUUCUUUAUUUGAUAAGCUACCAAAACUAUGGGAUUGCCUCACUGAAGUUCUCAAGCCUGGAAGUCCUGCAGAUGAACAACAAUUUGACAAAACUAUCGAAUCCAUUAAGGAUCCUCAAAUCCUUAUAAAUAAUAUCCAGGUGGUACGAUCUAUUGCUCCAUUACUGGACAAGGCAUUGCAACCUAAAUUGCUCGCACUUCUCCCUUGCAUUUUCAAAUGUGUGCGCCAUUCUCAUGUUGCAGUUAGAUUAGCUGCCUCAAGGUGUAUUACCUCAAUGGCCAAAUCAAUGACAACAAAUGUCAUGGCAGCUGUAAUUGAUGAUGCCAUUCCUAUGCUAGGGGAUGUCACAUCUGUCCAUGCCAGACAAGGUGCUGGCAUGCUUAUUAGUUCACUUGUUCAGGGAUUGGGUGUGGAGCUGGUACCCUAUGCUCGGUUACUGGUUGUUCCUCUUCUACGUUGCAUGAGUGAUUGUGACCAUGCUGUCAGACAGAGUGUAACACGUAGUUUUGCUGCUCUUGUUCCUCUUCUUCCAUUAGCUCGAGGCCUAGCCCCUCCUAGUGGACUGAAUGAAGGGUUAGCAAGAAAUGCAGAGGAUGCACAAUUUUUGGAGCAACUACUUGACAAUUCCCAUAUUGAUGAUUACAAGCUCUGCACUGAAUUAAAAGUGACAUUGAGGAGGUAUCAACAAGAAGGUAUAAAUUGGCUGGCUUUCUUAAAGCGUUUCAAGCUUCACGGAAUUCUAUGUGAUGAUAUGGGACUUGGUAAGACACUGCAAGCAUCGGCAAUUUUGGCAUCUGAUGUGGCAGAGUGUUGUGCUUUGAAUAACAAUGAGGAUGUUCAACCAUCUUUAAUUGUUUGCCCAUCGACACUUGUGGGACACUGGGCCUUUGAGAUAGAGAAGUACAUUGAUGCUUCUCUAAUUAGUACUCUACAGUAUAUUGGUUCUGCUCAAGAGCGCAUUUGUCUUCGAGAAAAAUUUCAUAAGCACAAUGUCAUCAUAACAUCGUAUGACAUGGUUCGCAAAGAUAGUGAUUAUCUUGGACGGUUCCUGUGGAAUUACUGUAUUUUAGAUGAAGGACAUAUAAUCAAGAAUGCAAAAUCCAAAAUUACAGCUGCUGUGAAGCAGUUGAAAGCCCAGCAUCGCCUAAUUCUUAGUGGAACACCAAUUCAGAACAACAUCAUGGAUUUAUGGUCCCUAUUUGACUUUUUGAUGCCCGGGUUCCUUGGAACUGACAGACAAUUUCAAGCCACUUAUGGGAAACCUUUGCUGGCUGCUAGAGAUCCUAAAUGUUCUGCCAAGGAUGCUGAAGCUGGGGUACUUGCUAUGGAAGCAUUGCACAAGCAGGUCAUGCCUUUUCUCCUACGGAGGACAAAAGAUGAAGUAUUAUCUGACUUGCCAGAGAAAAUUAUUCAAGACAGAUAUUGUGACUUGAGCCCUGUCCAGUUAAAACUUUAUGAACAGUUCUCCAGUUCCCAUGUUAGACAGGAGAUUUCAAGCAUGGUAAAGCUGGAUGAGUCAGCACAUCCAGAAGGAGGAAAUAGUGCUUCGCCAAAAGCUUCUUCACACGUUUUUCAGGCACUUCAAUACUUGUUAAAACUUUGUAGUCAUCCAUUGCUUGUUGGUGGUGAAAAAAUGCCCGAAUCACUUGUAUCCCAGUUAUCUGAACUCUUCCCUCCAAGUUGUGACAUACUUUUGGAACUUCAUAAGCUCCACCACUCUCCGAAAUUAGUUGCUCUCCAGGAGAUUCUGGAAGAGUGUGGAAUAGGUGUGGAUGCUUCAAGUUCUGAUAAUGCUGUGAGUGUCGGGCAGCACAGAGUUUUGAUAUUUGCGCAGCACAAAGCCUUUCUUGACAUUAUUGAAAGGGACUUGUUUCAUUCCCAUAUGAAGAGUGUCACAUACCUGCGGCUGGAUGGAUCUGUUGAGGCAGGAAAAAGAUUUGAUAUUGUAAAAGCUUUUAAUUCAGAUCCUACUAUUGAUGCUCUGUUGCUUACAACGCAUGUUGGUGGGCUUGGAUUGAAUCUUACAUCUGCUGACACCCUUAUUUUUAUGGAGCACGAUUGGAAUCCAAUGCGAGAUCUUCAGGCGAUGGACAGGGCACACAGGUUGGGGCAAAAGAAAGUUGUGAAUGUCCAUCGGCUUAUUAUGCGUGGCACUCUGGAAGAGAAAGUUAUGAGUCUCCAAAAGUUCAAAUUGUCGGUUGCCAAUGCGGUUAUUAAUGCAGAGAAUGCCAGUCUCAAAACAAUGAAUACAGAUCAAUUGCUCGAUUUGUUUGGAUCAGCUGAAACCAGUGCUAAGGGAGCUACUGCAUCAAAGCAUGCAGAUGGCAACUUUGAUGGAGAUCCAAAAUUAAUGGGCACUGGGAAGGGGUUAAAAGCCAUACUUGGUGGACUGGAGGACCUCUGGGAUCAAUCACAGUAUACUGAAGAGUACAAUCUAUCCCAGUUUUUGGCCAAGCUUAAUGGCUGA